UCUGCGACGUUUUUGCUAUAUUUUUCGUGGAGGAUUCACUUGGUUUGUAAAGGCUGACUGUAAAACCGCUUUAAGAUUUUAUCGCAUAGACAAAAAAUGUCUGUAUUUGACGAUGAAUCCGUGGAUAUCGGACCAACUGGUCAGUCAAAGCUGGAAAGCUUCUUGUUUAGCUGUGAAUUAUCAUCUAAAGUACCUUUUUACACUUUCCAAGGGGAUGAAGAGGAGGACCUGGAGCACUUCCUUGAACUCAGAACAAUUUGUCUUGGAGAAGGUGCCAAAGAGGAGAGCAAUGUGGUGGAAGUGUCAGCCAUGAACCAUCAAGGAAAGACUAUAGCAGUGCCCAUUGCCUGCCUUCACAUCAAGUGUCUGCCGAUGGUCAGUUUAGGAGAGUUUGAGCUGAAAGCCCCAGUGACCAUCCGACUCAAUGCUGGGACGGGACCAGUUAUUGUUAGUGGGCUGCACCUUAUAGCUUCACCAGCUGAAGACUCUGACCUGUCUGAGAACGAAGAGGAGGAGGAAGAGGAGGAAGAAGAAAUGCCUGCCAUUAAACCAGCCAAGAAAAAGCAGAAGCAAUAGGCAGAUGUCCCUGAAGAGUUUUUGCAAUAACUCACAUGUUAAUGUGUUUUAAGAAACAACAAAUGUCUUUUGUACCAGAUGGACAAAUUUUACAACUUCUUUCAAGCAGCCACGUGAAAGCUCAGCGUGGUGGCAGCUAAAUGUGCAGUUAGAGGAAUCAGUGAGCUGGGAUGUCUUCUCCUCCCCUCUUCACUUUGUCACUGCGAGCUCUGCAGUGUUUCUGUGGUUAAGACAUUUACUUGUACAGAAAUAACUUUUGCUAUCAAACACUGUCGCUGUUUUGUAAUGUGUAUGAUAAAGUCAGGACUGUAAUGGUUUUACCGCACCAUCAGUCAUGGAAAAUGUCUUUUACCACCAGUGGAUCCCGAUGUUUUUGAAAGAUAAAAACCAUUUUGUGGUCAGGGAAAGAUAAUUAAUACUGAUUCAAACAAUGAUGCAAUCAGAUGUUUUAUAUACAUUCAUUAAACGUGUCUUCAAGUA